CGACGGAAUGCCUAAAACGUUCAAGAACGAGGAGAACAAGAGAGCGGCCACCGCUGGCGGUGAGGACCACAUCAGCGCCCUCCCAGACGCGCUCCUCCAGCACCUGCUCUCCUUCCUGCCCUCGUGCCAGGCCGUGGGGAUGUGCGUGCUCGCCCGGCGCUGGCGCCACCAGUGGAAGUCUGUUCCCGCUAUGCGCAUCACUGAUGUCGACAGCUUCCAGAACGUCCAGCAACUGAACAGGUUUGUCGACCAUCUUCUGCUCCUCGGCGGCCGGACGCCUAUACAUGAAUGUGAGCUCGAUUCCUACGAUAGCGGAGACAUUGCACCGUGGUACCAGUACGCUGUGUCAUGCCAGUGUCGGGUGCUUCAAGUUGGUGCCAGCCAUGCGAGUUGGUACUUACGGCUACCCGAGGUGGCUAUCAUCUCCCAGCAACUGGAGAGGCUACAACUUGAUGGUGUGCAGCUGGAGGGCUGCUCCCUUGAUUUCUCGAGCUGUCUGGCAUUGGAGGUGUUAAAGAUGCACAAGUGUAUAAUCAGGACAGGGAAGAUCUUGCCCCAAUCAUUUUUUAAAACGUCUGAGCAUAACUCGAUGCAGUUUUGGUUUAAGUGCCCGUACUCCUAUUUCUGCACCAAGUCUCAUUUUCUUGGAGCUCGCUGA